AUGCCCACCGCAACAGCCCGCGUCGGCGACACCGUCAUCGCCUCCUCCUCGACCUACCACACCGUCGAAGGGAACGUGUACUUUCCCCCGUCGUCGCUCUCCGUGCCCGUGGCCACGUCGGCCACGCACUCGACGUGUCCCUGGAAAGGGCGGGCGAGUUACUACGACGUCACGGUGGGGGGACAGACAAUCAGGGACGCCGCGUGGUAUUAUCCCGCGCCCAAGGACAAGGCCGCGCAUAUCAAGGAUCAUGUCGCGUUUUGUAAGUUCUUUUUCAUACCCUAUGCCAUUUUGUACCUGGACACCCAGCCGGCGUCGUUGGUUGAUACGAACAAGGUCAACGUCUCCGUGGCUUAG